ACCAGUUCAAUUUAAUUCAGUGAAGAGCCGGCAACUAAGUGGAGUGGUUGGAUCCGGAUGAGGUUUUCUACAGUUUUGUGCUGGAUGACAAAAGUAGCACAGUUGAAGAUUUGCUCUCAUUGUUGGGUGAUUUAAUUGAAAACAUUAAUGUAUUGUGAGUGGAUUGACAUUUCUCGUGAAUAUAGGCUAUAAUAAUAAUAUCAUGGUUAAUAAAUAGAAUAAUAGAUGUGAAGUGUUGCGUAUUGGGAUUAGGAUAGAACAUGGUUUUUCUCAUACUUGUCCUACAAUGCCUCUAAAAUUCAAAUGUUAAAUGCUGAAACAGUAAAGUUUGACCCAGAUACAUCCAGAAAAAUUCUCGUGCACAGUAACAGAUUUAGCUGAACUUUUGCAAAUUAAAAAUUGGACGUGGAUGAACAACUUGAAUACAAUGCAUAAAAUAUUAAAAAGGCAGAUAAAAUAUUCAUAGCAGCUAAAUGAAAGAGUAUUAAAGUGUUCAUAUCAAUAAAUCAGGAGGAAUUGAUUAAAUUGUUGCACCAACAGGUCACAACCUACCAGCAAUUCCAACGAUCAAUCAUUGAUUUGAGUACAUUUUAGAGAGGAAACAGAAACAAUUCUAAAUCAAAGUGGCUUCAUGGCAUUUGCUUUAGUGAACAAUUUGUAAGAUUUCAAAGAGUAACUACCUUCUUCCAAAAUCUUCCGUGCAAGACUAUUAGAAGAAGUAUUGCGCAUACAACGUUCCAUCUUCCCAAAAACAAAAGAGAAAUUUAAAAAAUUUAAGAAGAAAAGUACACUAUCUAGAACAAAAUGGAAUCGACUAGAACAGAAAUUGAUCAACAUGAAAUAAAGCAAUUUGUUGGAACUGGGUCCAGCCUCAAUGAUUACGUCUCUGUACCCCAAUUCUAUACAGACCGCAGCGUCUUCAUUACAGGCGGGACAGGAUUCAUGGGCAAAGUUCUUGUGGAGAAGCUACUGAGAUCGUGUCCUGGGAUCAAGAACAUUUACCUGCUCAUCCGACCGAAGCGCGGACAGGAAGUUAAGGCUCGACUCAAUGAUCUUCUAGGAGCUCCUCUAUUCGAUACUUUGCGCCGAGAACGUCCCAAUGAUCUCAACAAAGUUAUUCCAAUUUGUGGAGAUAUUACGUCCGAAAAGUUAGGAAUAUCUGAGAAUGAUCAAGCUCUUCUGUGUCGAACAGUAUCGAUUGUCUUUCAUUCUGCCGCAACUGUGAAGUUCGAUGAGAAACUCAAGCUAUCAGUGGCCAUCAAUAUGCUGGGAACGAAGAGAUUGGUGGAACUGUGUCACAGGAUGAUGUCUCUCGAUGCACUGGUUCACGUAUCGACGGCUUAUUGCAACUGCGAUCGAGCCGAAGUGUCGGAAGUCAUCUACGCACCACCGUACAAUCCCAACGACAUCAUCUCUCUGGUGGAUUGGCUGCCCGAGGACAUGCUGGAUGACCUGACGCCGCAGCUCAUUGGCAAGAGGCCCAACACCUACACCUUCACCAAAGCUCUAGCCGAGCACAUGCUCCUCAAUGAAGCCGGAAACUUGCCAGUGGCUAUCGUGAGGCCUUCCAUUGUUCUAUCAAGUUUAAACGAACCUCUACCCGGAUGGUUGGACAACCUGAACGGACCAACUGGCUUGGUGUCUGCCGUUGGUAAAGGUGUCUUCAAGACGAUGUUAGGAAAUGAACAAAACAUUGCUGAUUUAAUACCCGUGGACAUUGUAAUAAACCUAAUGAUAGUUACAGCCUGGAGAACAGCUACUAUUAAGCCAAGUAGUCCUACGAUUUACAAUUGCUGUACCGGACUGCAGAAGCCCAUUACAUGGGGCCAGUUUGUAUCCAUGAGCAUCGAUUUCAUGAGGAAACAUCCAAUGGAGGGAGUUUUUUGGUAUCCAACUGGGACUUUGCGCUUAAAUAGACCCUUCAACAGGGCAUUAGCAUUCAUUCUACACAUAAUUCCAGCACAUUUUCUCGAUUUAUUCUCGAGAAUGAUGGGAAAGAGACCAAUAAUGGUCAAGAUUCAGGGAAAACUGGUUAAGGCUGUUGAGUGCUUAACGUAUUUCACAACACAUCAGUGGAGAUUUAAGGAUGACAACGUGAGGGAACUUUUGAGCCAUUUAGGGGCAAAAGAUAGAAUGCUCUUUGAUUUCGAUGUGACGAAUAUCUCAUGGGAGCAUUAUCUGGAGGGGUAUGUCUUAGGUUUUCGGGAAUAUUUGUUCAAGCAGAGUGCUGAUACUCUACCAAGUUGCCGAAGACACAUGUGGAGAUUGUACUGGAUUGAUCAAAUAACAAAACUACUAGCAAUAAUAUUUUUCUGGCGCUUCCUUAUGAAGAGAUCCAAGAAACUGCGCGACGUCUGGACAAAAUUCCUCAAUUUACUGGUUCAAAUGGCCCGUCUUAUUCCAUUUUUGUAAAUUCAAGAUGACUUGUGUUUUGCAUAAAUAUUUCCAUAAUCCAUAAUUUAUGUUUACAUGGUAUUGUGUUAGGAUGUUAUUGUAAAUUAUUUAUAGUAAGAAACAAUUGAAUAUGCUUCUUUACCACACAACAUAAGGAACUGGACCAAAACAAAAGAAAAGGGAAAGAGUUAAUAAUUUGUAAAUAUGCAAAACUCUCUUGAACUUAUGAAUAACAAAAAUAACGGAUUAAAAGUUCAUUCCUUAGAAGUGAAUGUCGUCGUUUUUUUUAAGUGAAUAUCGAGUCUUUCAUUUGAUUAAAAACAAAACAACAAGCUAUGAUUCACUGAAAUGUAAUAGGAAUAAAUAUGAAAAUUUUAGGAACAAAAAAUCAAUUAUAGAUAGAAAUGACAAAAUAUAAGAAAUCACAAUUAGACGUAGCAAGAUAUUUUUGAUUUUCUUUUAGGUAAAAAAAAAUUACAAAAAUAUAUUUUGCUUCCUAGUAUGAUUGUUUUUUUUUCUAAUCAUCAUUUCGCAAUUGAAAAUAAAAUCAUACUACUUACAGUUUAAGUAGGAAAUUGGAAUUUUUGAGAUAUUGUGAGAAUGUGCGGACUAGCCUGUAAAACAUUUUUGUAUGCAUAACGGAAACCUUUUUUUAAAUUAAUUUAAAAAUUAAUAUGCAAAAAACCCGCUUUAUUUAAUAUUAUUUGUUCUAAAUUAAAUAUUUGGAAUAGAUAUUUUAAAUAAAGGGUUUUAGUGAAAAAAAAAUGAUUCGUUUAAAUAGAAAUCUUGAUGUUGGUUAAAUAAUUUGCGAGAAAAUUAAAAAUAAAGUAUUUUCAAGAAAUGUAUUGCUAUCACAUCAAUUUUUAUUUAUCAUUAUUCUCACUAUACAUUUCUCUGAAAUGCUUACUCCAAAAUUAACUUUUUAUUACCUCAUGGAGCUGUUACAUGGAAAAUAUUUCAAAAUUUGAGCUCAAUUGCUGUCAUAUCAGUUAGCAUAAAAUUGCUAUUUCAGCAUGAAAUAGCUCAACAUUGAGAAGAAAGUCUCAAUGUUGAAUUUGAGAUGUCUCAUUCCGAAUAAAUUUUAAGAAUGUGGCAGAAAAUACUCAGCAAAAGUUUUAGCGAGCUAAGCAAUUUUAGCAAAUAACUCUGGUAUCCAGUAUACAGCUUACCCAAGUAGCAACACAUGACUAGAGGCAUGACAUUAGGUUAUGAAGAUGUCGCUUCAAAAUAUUUCAUGCUACCAUAGCAGAAAGAGUAAAAUUUUACUACUUUGAUAGCAUUUAAAAUUUAUGUAAGUUUACUGUAGGAACAACGACGUCACGAUGACCUUUAAUUAUGACGUAUUUCAAAUGAAAGAAUAAAACUGUUGCCAUUGAGCAAAGCAAUGCCAGCCUACAUGAAGAAUAUUUCUCUUUCAAUUUUAGAGAACAACUUGAGAAACUUUAUUGAAUAAAAGACAAUUUUCAUUUUACUAAUUCUAAUAACGAAAAAUGACCUAAUCCUUACCUUAUUUAUUUUUUUGUGAGAUUAUGUGUAUUAGUUAUUUUUUCUCGCACUUUAACAUAAUUAUUGGCAAAUAUUACGGGAAGCAUAAACUCAAAAUAAAUUCCAAGAGAAAUUUAAAAACAAUCACUGAACUUUCAAUUUAAAGUUCAGUAUUAAACAGUGUAUUUCUUUCACUUAUAUUUGAAUUAUCUGUUUAGAAGAAGCGGUAGAAGAUUUUAACCAGAAUACUCAGGUCAAAAACAAAUACUUAAAAGAAAUAAGAACUAAUAUUCUAACUGAGCAUUGAGCUUUAUUGAAUGGAUUGGUCAUCAAUCCUACUUAAGUCUCAAACUCUAAUUAUUUCCAAGACAGCUUCUAACUUCUCAGUUUAUCCCAUUCUUCUCAGCUGAGAAGUCAUCCCUGUUGUUGACUCAGCAAAAAUUUCGGAGACACAUUUAACUCAAUAUAGCCUAUAAUACUAGCGGGAUCUCACUACCUUUGAUACUAGACAUCUCUUAAGAUAGGCCACUUCUAUCUUGUGCAAAGUUUUUCUUUUCGGCGGAUAGUGAUCAAGUCCGCCGUCUAUCUGUUGCCUUUAACAAUCAGUGUCAGGUACAUCUGUGAACCUGGUCCCCAUGAUCGUAACUCAUCUCACAGGAAUAGAUGUGAUCUUUCAUCUUUUCCCUGCGGUUCUUCUGUCGGGGCUUGUGAAGUACGGAUACCCUGCCUACUUGGGGUCAUUUGUGACGACCUGCGGGAAGCUCUCCUAGGAUAUAGGGGCUAAUUGUACCGAGAGUACAUUCUAACAUUCUUAAUCGAACGUUUUUUUCAUGGAAGGGCAUUCAAUGGGUCAAGUGGUAAAGCACACGCUCUAUGAUGCAUGUGUCCCAGGUUCGAAUCCCUUUAUGUCACCAGGAUUUUUUCUAGCCUAAAAGGUGUUCGAAAUGCAUCCAGUGAGCAUCACUGCACUUGAUUCCACGGGUUGUGGGACUGACAACUCCUUCCCUAAAAUAAUAAUAGAUGUUCCGAACUCCCCUUGCUGGAAGGCCUAAGUUCUUCUUUGGAACGCUGUGCCACCAUUAUUUUUAUUAUUAUUUUUUUUGUGGAAGGAAUGAGUAUUUUCAACUUGCUUCUCCGAGAAACCCGUGUUAAGUGAAGUUUAAUAUUCUUUUCAACUUUUCUUACAAUUUGUUUACUUUUUUUUCCUUUCUUGCCUCCCCAAAAUUGUUCCACCGUAAACUGUGUAGUUUACAAUAAAUUGAAAUUUAAAUUAUUUAUCACAUUAAAGUAGAUGUUUUAUCUUAAAGUUAUUAUUCACAACAUAUUUCUUUUCUUAAAGCAACAACUAAUGAUAACUUUUUCAUCGUUUUUUAUCGUUUAUUUUGUAGUAACAUAAACGUCAAAAAAAAUGACACCUUUUAAAGGAUCCUCAAUGAUUUUGUCAGUAAACCACAAAAUCGCUUACCUCACAAAUAUUGCAAAAAUUUUGCUUAAAAGCGAUAGUUAUCGAAGAGGUCAUCGGCUACUCUGAAAAAAUGUCUUGUUAAACGAACAAAUAGAUUUUGUUGAAAUUUUGUCAAAAGGAAGUUAUUUACCAAUUUGACAUUACUUUUUCUUGCAUUUUAUAUGGAAAAACACCUUUGACAAACUUAACAAGAUCCAGUUGGCUGCAGAUUUGACAAAACUUUUCCAUAUUCUGUAUGGAAGAACAUCCUUUUUACAAACUUGUCUUGUUAAUUUGACAAAGCAUUUUUUUCAGAGUAGAAACUCUAACGUCAUGUUCCUUAUUGACGACUAACUACUUUCAGUCAUAUGACUUCCAUAUGCCUCUAAUAUGACUUAUGGCUUCUAUACGUAAGAGAAACAUUUAUAUCCAUAUUAUUUGGCAUUAUUGAAGAGAUUUUGACCGUGCCAAAAAGACGUUUAUAAGUCAAAAUUGCACUCAAAUUUAUAUCAUGGUUUUUGGUACUAUUUUUGCUACUUGGGUAAAGUUUCCUGCCAUUGUGUAAAAUUUAUUUCAAGGGUUAACUAGUCACUGAAAACAUUUCAAAAUUAAAUGAAAACUAUAGUCACUAUUUCGACGUAGAAAAUCACGACGUAGGAACGUAACUUAGUAAAAACAGAUGUAAAAACAAAAAAAGCUAGUUUUAUUGCAACAAUUAUAAAUUUUAGUGUAAUAGCUCCAUUAAGAACUUUUGAUUUUUUUUGUUCAACCUUUUUCACGUGUAUUAUUUAACUUUAUUAAGGUUCUUAAUUCUUUUAUUCCUUUUUCUUACAUAAAUGACAAACUUUACCUCAAUUUUGUUGUCACAAAGCGUUUAACAUUUAAAUAAUGACCCAUAAAUCACUUAAUUUCACACUAUAUUCCGAACAAAACUGAAAGCAAAAAUUUUAAAAUAUUAAAAUAAUUAGCGGAAAAGAAGAUAGACACAGCAAUCAAACAAGAAAAUAUUCCCCGUAACACUAAAAAUGAUUCCAUUAAAAUUAUUAUUUCGUUUUUUCUGUGAUAAAAUUAUUUCACUAAAAAAAUUUAUGUACUUAUGUUCGAUAUAAUAUUUCGUAGGAUUAAAAAAGAAAAGAUUUAUUAAAAACAAAAAUAAAUGCUCAAACGUGAGAAUCAAAUGGAGAAAAAAACAAAUUGUGCAAAUUAUGCGUGGAAUAGCGACAAAAAAUAUAUAUUUAAAAGGAUGUGGAAAAAAAUCUAAUUAAAAAAAAAUUGAACAAUUUGUAAGCUGUGUAAAUUUACCACAAAACGAAUAAGCCACAAGUUAUAGUAAUUCAGAAUUGCGUCCACAUAAUGGCUAAAAAUUUGAAAAUAUUGAGAAAAAACAAGUUUUUUGGAGGUAAGUGUACAAAAAAAAGCGCAUAAGCUGGAAUUUUUCAUAUAUUUCUAGAUAACAACAUACAAAAGAAAAAAUACAAAAAAUAAUUAAAAAAAUAAUCUGAAUUUCAAAAGUGAAAAAAUGCGUUAUUUGUAUUACAUGAAAUUCAACUAAAUAAUACAUUAUGAAACAUGUUCUAUUAAUUGGUUCUAAUAUUAGAGCAAACUAAAACAUCGAUUAGGAGCUUGCAAAAAAAAAUCUGGGAAUAUAAUCAAUAAUAAUUGCAUUAAUAAAGAGACAAAAUUGUAAUUUUUGCAAGCCGAUACUUAAGAGAACUAAAGACAAGUUGACAACAUACGAUGGUGAUAGAGAACCACCAUGUUAGUAAGGCAAUUUGCCAAAUAUUUAAUAACAUUUUCAAAAAAUAUUAAAAAAAAAGCUGAAAAUAUGAAUUGAUACCGCUGUUUAAAAAUUUUUUCGGGGUAAAAUAUCGCGUGAGAUUUGGGAUAAAAAUUUAUUGGGAGGUCUGCUCAUGGUAUGAAACAAUUAUAAAAAAAAAAUAAAUAAAAAUUGAUCCUUAAAAAAAAUAUAGGUCUUAUAUAAAAAUUUAGAAAAAUAGAAUUUGAAAAAUAUAAAAAAAAUUCAGCAUAUGAUUUAUGUAAUUGACGCUUCAUAAUGAGAUAGGAUUAUAUAAAUGUAUAAAACAAAUUUGUAAAUAAACAGACAUGACGCUGUAAUAACUCUGUAUAACUCAAUAGAAAGUCCUUUUAAAUUAAAAAAAAAACACAAAAUUGAAAAUGUAAUUUAUGAUCUUAAAUACAUGAAAAAUCUCCUUAUAGAGAUGUGUAUAUUUCAAUUAAUAAUGACAAAAUAGAAAUUUGUAAAAUGAAAAACUUACGAAGAUCUUUGCCAGCAAUUAAUUAGGGUAAAUGUACCAAAUUCCGGCCAGAUUGCAAUUCCGGCCACAUUUUUUGUUCCUCAAAUUUCCGUGAAUUUUUAGGUUUUACAUACUAGCAAGAAACUAUGAGAAUGAAGAUGGCCGGAAUAGGCCACCAAUGCUAUGUCUACAUUUUUAUUCAUUUUAAAAUAUAUAAAGAAUGAUUUUAGAGAAAAUAAAGAUGAUAAACUGUCUACAAGGUUCCAUGCAGCACUCCUUGUAAAAAAGUAACAAAAAAUUCAAUUUGUAUUAAAAAUAUUACAUUUCAAACUUGAGACUUUAGCGCUUGCAUGCAACUAUGCCGAGAUUUGGCACACUUACCCUAUUGCAACAAAUUUUGGAAAAAACAUGAAAAAGUUACAUUUGUUGUGUUUGAACCUUUUUUUGAAUGUCACUUUGCAAAAAAAGAGGUCACAAAAGUGGAAAACAAGUAAUGAUAACUAACAAGUAACAAGUUGAUUAAGUACGAAUUGUAAUAAUGAGAAUUAUUGAUGAAUUGAUGCUCUCGCGUGGGAUUGUUCUAAAAAGAAUGUUUGUGACUUGGUUAUUGCAACUUAAUCCAAUGAAAGAAAGGUAUUGUAAAAGUUACUAAAGUUUGGUUAAAUUCACGAUACUGUCCCCUUCAAGUUUCGAGCAACAUCGGUCGCUAUUCGGGUCAGUUCGCUAAUUGAUCUGCCCUGUAGGGGAAUUCUGUAAUUUUCAUAUUUUUGUCAUAUCAUAUGAGUUCGAAAAUGCAAUUCAUUGAAUUUUUAUUGAAAUCCCUUUACUUGAUGAUUUUAUGAAAGUAUAGUACGUCUUGGUUGAUUUGUUUAACAAAAUUCAUUGUCAUUUUAAUUGCCAGAAAUCUCAAAUAUGUAACUUCUGACAAUGUCACGUGAGCUGAAAUGGCAAUGUCACGGCUACAGAAUCGCAUUUUCGAAAAAGCUCUCCUAAGAUUCGAACCCAAUUUGUCAUAUGGCAUUGCCAGAGCGUUAAAAAAUUCCCUUCCUGUUCUUAGUCUAAAUUCACGAACGUAACUAAAGAAUACGGCUUUCGUUUUAUUAAAAAUAAAUGUGUCUCGGAUUAAUGAGAACAGAUAUGUUGUCCGAGAUAAAUCGUAUAGUGUAUGGUUAAAUAAUGACCAACAAAUUUUAACUGGCUGCAUUCAAGGAAAUUGCCCCUGAUGUUUCGAAAGGUCCACAGCUCCAAAAAUGUGGGAAUAUUGGAGAAACAGUAUCAUAAAAUUUAUAGUCCAAAUCCUCAUUAACCUAACAUGAAAUACGGUAACUUGUGCAAUGCCUUUCCAAUCAGUUCACAGUUGCAUAACCCAGAAUUUGUAGCUUGAAAUAUUGCCAAAAUUAGACUCAUCUUGCCAAGAAACUUUUAAUUGCCAGUUCAUUUAUCGCUUUGCUGAAGCAAAACACAAAAGCAAAAACAAGCUAAAAAAAUGAUCUGGAAAUUCAAAUUCAUGAUUGCAUUAAGAGCUGAAAAUAUUUAGCUUAAAAUUGAAAAGAAAUUAUCCUAAUUUAUUCAUUAGAGAAAAGAAAAGAAUUUUAAUUAAUUUUCCUAAUGCAUUGUUGGGAAUAGAAUUAUAAAGGACUUUAUUCAGAUAUCGAGUGAAACUAGUUGAUUUUUGUAUUUGAAAUAAACAAGAAAAAAAAAGAAAACAAAACGUGGAAUAUACAUGAAAGGGGAAUUAAAAUUAUAUGAGCAUUGAAUUAGGAAAAUGUGUUUCGCGCAAUUUUCAAGAAGAAACCUUGUUCAUUAAGAAAAAAAACAAUAAUAAUAUCGUGUAACACAAUUGUUUAUCAAGUUAUACUAUUGAUAAAGAAAGCUAUUAAAGAAAACAAAA